UACCUUUUUUACUCAAUUCGUGUCAUAUUUCUCUCUUUAAUAUUAUACUUAACUAGCUUUUGUAUUUUAUGGUAUACGACUCGGUUGAAAAAGACUCGAAAGCUUCGAGGACACGUUAGCCAUGGUCAUGGUCGUGUAGGAAAACAUCGUAAACAUCCUGGUGGCCGUGGUAACACUGGUGGUUUAACUCAUAAUAGAAUUAACUUUGAUAAGUACCAUCCGGGUUAUUUUGGCAAAGUUGGAAUGCGAUAUUUUCAUUUGACAAGGAAUAAAUAUCAUUGUCCUACUAUCAACCUGGACAAAAUCUGGUCAUUGAUUAGUGAGCAAACAAGGGAAUAUUACAAAGACAAGAAAGAUGGUCCCGCACCUGUUAUUGAUGUUGUCAGAGCUGGCUAUUUCAAAGUACUUGGAAAAGGUCUACUGCCCAAUCAACCAGUAAUUGUUAAAGCGAAAUUUUUCAGCCGCAAGGCAGAAAAAAAAAUUAAAGAAGUUGGCGGAGCCUGUAUUCUGGUGGCGUGAUUAAAUAAAUUAUUCAUUACAA